AUCAUGGGAUAGCAAAACACGGAAGUGGGUGGGUGACAAUUUCUGUCAGACAACUUGUCAGCCGUCCCAAGUCCCAAACCCGAUCUGUGGAAAAUGCCUCGUAACGAAGAGACCACAGAGCCGGAAUAUGUCUACGAAAAGGUAUCAGACAGUUUCCACAGUCUUCAGAAGAAGGGGAAAGACUGGGGGCUCUCUGACGAAGUCAUCGAAAAGUGCAUCCGCCAAGCCCUGGAGUCCGGCGGCAGCAGUGGGGAGGGGGGCCGUCCUGCUAGAUCGUGCCAGUGUUUGGUGACGUUCCUGAAAGUUGUGAUCCUGAUCGGGUUUGUUCUCUCGGUGGGGACGGUGUUCGCGACGUACCACGACCCGACAGCCAGGCUGCUGUCCAAGCACACCCAGGCCUGGGCCUACCCCAUCCUGAGGGCCACUAGGAUCCUCACUCUCCCUCUCACCAAGUGGUUCAACCUACAGGCUUUCUAUGAAAAGGAAUGCCUGGUGCCUAACUUCCUCAAGCCUGACGAACAACCAAACUGCUGGCAGUACAAGAAGGUGAAAGGAGUGCCCUCUAUCAGACGUGCCAAGAACUUCACCAAUGCCUACUAUGGCACAGCAAGACCUGUCAUUAUCAAGGAUGCUCAGGAGAAAGAAGUGGAUUUUUCUGUCCUCCAGUCUGUCUACAAGCAGCACAAAGCCAGCCUGGACAGUGGAGUGUACGACUUUCAGUCCUCCAACCCACACAUACAGACUCUGGCAGAUGUCUUCAGCAUACAGACACCAGAGGACAUACCUGACAACACCAGCAUUAUGUGGAUGAGUAGAAAGGUGGUAGCUGGCAGCGUGAUCAGGAAACUGUUCCCGCGACCCUACAUCAUCGAGCCUGAGUCGGAGGUCGGACUAGCCAAAUACAUCUUCAUCGAUGCACCGGGAGCGCCUGUAAGGAACGCUGCCAAAGACAUGGGUAGUCCAGACUAUCCCAACACCUGGCUGACCCAGGGGGCCGGCACCAGGGAGGUGUGGCUGAAACCUGUUGCCGACUGCGCCCAGAAACAAGAUGAGAUAAUCGUCAUCCUGUACCCUAGAGAUGUCUUGUACUACAACCAGUACUACUGGCAGCCCGAGUUCCACCAUCAUGGAGACAACAUCAGCAUCACCUUUAGCGGCUCCUUCUUCUGAAAAUGAUGAAGAAAAAGAAAUAAAUGUGUCUGUAGUACAACAUAAAUCUAUGCAAAAUAUAAACAAGCCAUUUUUGCUUCUGUGUAGUAUGUUUUUUUGGGACAAGGUGUGCAAAGCUAGGCUCUUAUAAACGUAGAUGUCUUAUUGGAUUAAGGUAAUAUAUCAGGUACCAGCUUUUUUUUCUUAUCAGUGACACCUUUAUGGUGACAAUUAUGCCUCAAUCAUUUAAGGUAUCUUAGAGCAGAUAUGUGUAGUUUAAGAUACUGUAGAGAAGCCUCGUGUAGAUGGAGGAUGAACAAUAGAGAAUUACUUAAGUUAAAACAACUGGUUUGAUUUUGUAAAUGGUCAGAAGUUUCAGAUAGCACUCACUAUCAAUCAGUUACUGACUCGUUGAUGAAAGACCAUCGGUAUCCCUGAGCUGUUUACAGAAUCCAUCCAGUUGCAUGAGUAGCUUUUAUAUCAUUCGUCUUAUUACCUGAAUGCCUUUAAAUCGUCAUCAAUAUUUCAAGCAAAUUCAAGGGAAGGGUUAACGAUGAGGAAGGGGGUGUUGUUAGGGGUAGUGCUGCACCUGUCAGAUAUCGUUUUUUUUUUCAAUGUUGGCUUCAAUAGUCAUCUAUUUAUGCUUUUCAAGCUUUGCUUAUUUUGGAACAAUGAGUGGAACAUGUGUAUGGAUAACAUUUUUUCUACAUUCAUGAAAUAAAAGAUGAAUUUCAUUGACACAA